UACUGAAAAUCAAGUCAGUUGUUUUGUUUUCAUUUCAAAUCAUUCUCACUUGUGUUUUACUAGAUUCUGAGUGUUUAUUUACUUUGUGAAUUUUAGUCAUUUUUUAAAUUUAAAAUGGCUUAGAAGUUGGACAGUAGAUCAUGAUGAAAUUUAAUUUAAUUUUCUUAAUUUUAUGUGCUUUGAUUGGAUUCUCUAAAAGCUCUGAUGGAAUUGCAGAUUGCAGCUCAAGUAAACAAGCUUCUUUAAGAAAGUUGAUGAACCAGGCUGAUUGUUACAUUGUAUCAACAUUGGAUGGUAAAGUAACUGCUUUGGAUAUUAAUGAUAAUGGUAGAGUAUUAUGGUCUCAUUCAACUGAUGAUGAUGGUCUCCUUCAGUCCACAAUUGGUGAUUUUCAAUUUAUAAGUGAUGCAAUAUAUUUUAAACUGGUUCCUGCUUUGGAUGGAAGUCUAUACAAACUGAAUCAGCAAUACAAUAUCAUUGAACCAGUACCAUUGAAUGUAGAUAUUUUAUUGAAGAGCUCGUUCAAAUUAGGAGAUGAUUUAUUAAUUAACGGUGGUAAAGAGGUUAAGACUUUCGCCUUUGAUCUAUUCUCUGGUGAUUUAAUUUAUUCCUGUGGCCUUGCUGAUUGUACUAAAAGUCGUCGUGGACCUCAAGAUGAUGAUAGUAACUUAACAAUAGUUUUAAUUCGUCAGUUAAGACAGAAGGUGAAAGCUGUUGAUCCUAGAAGCGGUGUUGAACAAUGGAAAUUUAGUGUUGGUGAAAAUAAUGCUCAACUAUUAAGUAAACAUGAUGACUGUCAUGUAUUUGAUAGCAUUGAUCAAUCAAAUGAGCGACAAGAUGAAAAGCUAUCCAUUAGUAUCUCUGAUGGUUUAAUCAAAUUAUUAACAAGAAAAGAUAAUCGUUUGCUAUGGACUCAGCAAUUAGAAUCGCCUAUUGUUGGCAUGUGGUUAUAUUCUAAUGGAAAGCUGGACAAUGUAGAUCUUUUCAGAUACGACAUAACCUCUACAGAUUCCCUCUCGCAACAGCCAAUACUUUACAUUGGAAGCCAUAAAAAUCAAUUCUAUAUUCAGCAUUCAAAUGCAAUAAAAGAAAGAUACCGAGAAAUCGGCAAAUCAUUCUAUUCUUCUUAUAAGCAUCCAUUUAGUCAAUACCAACAAUGGAUACCCCAAAUAGAAUGGUAUCCGCAUCAGGACGAUAAUGAAAAUAGUCUACAAAUUAUUCCUAGCUCUUCUAGAGCUUUGAGUAUCCCUACUAAAGGGCAAUUCAUUUUAUUGAGACCAGAUGAAUCUAAAACUCAGUGUUACCCGCCAUCAUCUGAGGAAAAGCCUUUUGUGAACUUAUCAUCGGAAGAUUACUUUAAUGGUACCCGAUCACCUGCUGAUACAAUUGACCAAAUAAUUAUCAUAUCUUUAUGGCAUUGGUGGAAGGAAGUUUUAAUCAUAAGUGUUUUCUUUGCUGUCGUGCUCAACAUUGUCGUCUCUUACAUUCGUCGUCAUGUUGUCAAGAAUGUAUUCCAAGAACUACCCAAUUCAGCAGAAGAUGUUUGCUAUCCCACAAAUAGAUCUCCUAGAUCUUCAGAAAGUACCGAAGAAAGAUCGACUUCCAUCAGUCCAUCAACACCUACAUUGCCUUUACAAAAUACCUUGUUACAACAAUCACCUCCAAUUCCUCCACUUAGACCUAAUUCACUACCUAAUGGGAAUGUGCCACUUGAUAACGCAAACUAUACUUCCCGAUAUAUAACUGACUUUGAGCCUAUUUGUUGUCUUGGCAAAGGCGGCUUUGGUGUUGUAUUUCAAGCUAGAAACAGAAUCGAUGAUUGUCAUUAUGCAGUCAAAAGAAUCAAUUUACCAUUUCAACAAACAGCACGUGACAAAGUUAUGAGAGAAGUUCGAGCACUUGCUUGUCUUGAACAUCAUGGAAUUGUUCGUUAUUACAAUUCAUGGCUAGAAGUUCCACCUGAAGGUUGGCAAGAAGAAGCAGACAGUAAUUUAACAAAUGACAAAAGCUCAUUUUGGGGAAGUGAACCUAACUCAACCUCUCUCAAAUCAGACUCUCCAGUAUCACCAUCAUCGACAUCUGUGAAAUGGCCUGAGUUCAAGAAACAGACAGAUAAUUUUGAUAUCAGUGAUAAUAGUAAUGGUGAUGACUCUUAUGUUGUAUUUCAGCAGAGUGGUACGUCACAUCAGAAUGGCGAGAGUAAUAAUCUGUCUGAAGCAAAUCAGAAGCCAAUAGAUGAAACAUCAAAUGACGAAGAAAAUAAACUGAAUUUUGUAUCAAAACAAUCAAGACGUGCUUAUCUCUACAUUCAGAUGCAACUAUGCCAAAAAGAGACUCUCCGUGAAUGGUUAAAGACUCAUAAAAAUCGUGACAAAUGCCUAGUUUUAGAGUACUUCGUACAGAUUGUAGAAGCUGUUGAAUACGUUCACUCGAAAAAACUUAUGCACAGAGAUUUGAAGCCUUCAAACAUUUUCUUUGCCAUGGAUGGGUGUGUUAAAAUAGGUGACUUUGGCUUAGUCACUGCAAUAGCAUCUGAUUUCUUUGGUACUCAAGGAGGAGAUACACCAUCAAGUGAGAUACCUAAUCAAAAGAGUCAUAAAGGUCGUCAUACUGAUCAAGUUGGAACGAAACUUUAUAUGAGCCCAGAACAGAUUGCAGGAGCCAGCUACUCAAACAAAGUCGAUAUUUACUCUCUUGGUGUUAUUUUCUUCGAAAUGUUAAUGCCAUUUGACACUGAAAUGGAGAGGAUAAAAAUUUUGUCAAAUAUAAAAGAAGGUUUAUUUCCCACCAAAUUCCAAAAUAAUCAUUCAAAAGAGUGUCAACUCAUCUGUAAACUUUUAUCCUGUGAUCCUGAUGAGAGACCUCUUGCUACUGAGAUUCUGGAUAACCCAGUUUUUAAUGAUGCCAAUGAGCUUAUAAUUGAGAGGAUUCCACGAAAACGGACACUAUCUUCAUCUAAACCAUAUUGAAUUUGUGAAUCUGCCUUGCUCUCUGUUCUCAAUUGGCGAUUCACAGCUUAACUGCCUUAAAAUUCAUGCCAAUCAUCAAAUUUAUUUACAAGCUAUCAUCUUUCUGUUGACCUUUUUUUAGUGGAUGCAGAAUUGUUUUACUUAACAGACUUUCAUUGUCAACUCUCACAAGUAUCAAUCUCAUCUCUCACGACAUUCCAGAGGUGAUAGUUUCAAGAAUUUUCAAAAUGAUUGUUGUAUCAAAUCAAGUUUCUAUAAAGACUUUGUAAUUAUGUAAACUGUAACAAUAUAAUUUACCAUUAAUUGUUAA